UCAGAUCCAACUGAAGCAUUUUAUAUAAGACCGAUAAUUGAGAAACAAUAGCAUCCACGCCGUUCGAUCUCUGUAACGUGUAAGAGUCUUGAUAACUCUCAACAUAGACGUGUCAAGUCUCUUACAUGCCACCGUGAUUCCGCGAAGUGGGGAUGUCGAUGCAGCAUAGCGGCGAUAUCUCGACACUGGCAGCGAUAGUUGAGAGAAAGCGAGAGAGAACGGGAGACGGCAGCAGGAAACGAAGAGUGAAGGAAGAGAGCCGACACGCAUAUGAUGAGACCUGAGGAGGUAGAGAAGGCGAGGGUUCAGGCGCCGAAGCGGCCGCCGGGGCAACACCCCGGCGAGGUUCUUCACCAGCGGAGGUCCUUCCCCUUCUCCAAGAUGGGCACCGUCCAGCUCACUCUCGCCGGCUUGCUGCUGAUUGGCGCCGUCGGCUACUUCACGCUCUACGUGAAGUCGAAGCCCGAAGCGACCGCCAGCGACGUCGCCAAGGCUGCAGCCGGCACGCCGGACUCCGACCGCGUUCUCCGCGAGCAGAAGCGGUAAUCAGUGAAACCAAAUUCGUUUUCUUCCCGUCUUCUGGUUCGCGCUUCCGGCCGUCCCCUGAUGCCCUGCUUUGUCGGUGACAUUCUGUUUCGUAGUAUAUUCAUAAAAUAAUCCUGUAUCUAAAUUUCAAAGAAUAACAUGGCCUUGAUAUUUUGCUUGUC